AUUUUGGGCGAAUUAUGUCGUAUAAUUAGCGAGUUAUUAAUUAGUGAUGGGACACAAGGUGUCACUAUGGAGUAAGAGUGCUCAUUUGGGGGAUCCCCUAACUUUCGAUCGAUAAGUCUUCGGUCUAAGACCGAAAUUCUCGUUUGUUUUUUCCUCUAUUUCACAUCGACUGCAAGAAAAAACUGUUUCACUUGUAUAAUCUUUGUGCAGCACAUGGCACAUGAAAAAAUGCUCUUUUACUGAUUCCAUUGAACCCUUUGUUUGUUAUGGGCUACCUAAAGUACUAUUUGUUUCUUUUUUUGUUUAAGCUUUCUCGUGUAAAUCAAAGUUGGAACCGGCUAUAUAAUAUGAUAUACAGAUAUAACAAUUUAAGGUUUAUUCUUUUCAUUCUUAACAUGCGACUUAAUCAGCAGCUUUAGAAAGCAGCAAAGAUUGAGUGAAAUGUAAUAAUUGGCCAUUUUUCUAUUCAACAAAUGGUUUUCUAUGACAGGUUAUAUAAUUUUAACAGGAGAACACAAAGCGAAUUCACAACAGCUAUUUCUAAUUUUGACCAAAAUCUGUAUUUUUAAUCAAUAUUUUCUCAAACGUAGGUAUGUUAUGAAUGUUAAACUUUCAUCCAGUUACAUGAUAAAAUAUAACUCUAUAUCUUUAUAAUAGAAUGGACCAAAAACAUUUUUUCAGUUAAGGGUCAUUUUUUUCUAUUCAAUGCUUAUGCACGACUCUCUUUCAUUGAACAAGGUCCUGUACAAAUAUCGGUGCUCCCGAAGUAUUCGUACCAAGACGGCGCACAACCUGAACAUAGUAUGUGUACCAGGUCAGGGUUCAGUUUGCGUCAACUUGGUACACAUAUUUCCGGAGCGCCCAAAUAUCCCCUGAUAUUUAAUAGUAUAUAGGGAGCUACUAUGAAUGACUUGAUUCUUUCAGUUCGGCCUUGCCUACUCAAUAAAUUACGCCCUGGGUUGGCAGGGUUCAUAUGGGAUUUGAAUUUGCCAUGCCAACACAGCAGAGUCUAAGGCUUGAGCUGCUGGGCCAUCGUGCCCACAAUCGCAGUAAAAGAUAGCUUGUUUCUAAAUGUAUGUACUAUUUGAUUACAUGAUUUCCUUCCUUUUAAAAUUUACUUGAAUUAAAUCUGGUUGAAAAAAUCUUUAUAUGUAUAUAUAUAUACUUCUAUAUACUGCUUAUUUAUAUGUGUUAAUCGUAUUUGGUGCUUUUCUCUUUGAUGCGUCUAGAAAUUUAAUUGUACAUAUUAUUUUUGAAAUAAAAUUGAAAACUUAACAACAUGUUGACUUCUAUUUUUUGUGCUAUAUACAGUGAAGAUACACUAGGUAAAUAAUAAAUCCAAUGGCACUGAGUUCUGUGAUAAGAGCAAGAUGUUUUUUACAUAGCAAGAUGCUGAGUGCUUCAAAAUAUUACUCACAAAGUUAUCCUCAGUCUGAGUCCUCUCUCAAUCCUCAGUUUACUCCCGAGUGCAAUCCUGAGAAUGAACCCUAUGUAGACGCUGAUUCGAGUACUUUUAAUAAUACCGAAUCUGAUGUUUCUUUUUCCCCUUCUAAAGAAUUCGUACUUGAUUCGAACUGGACUCCGUGGUGGAAAGGCGGAAUGCGUUAUCAUCCUGGGAGAUGUAGAGUGGGGAUAGUCCGACUUCCGAAUAAUUUUGUUGAGUCUGCUAAUGCAUAUUUGAAAGAAUUUUACAACUUGGAACCGCAAAAGAAAGUAUUUGAACUUUGCAAAAAGUUAUGCGAUGUUCUUCAAUAUCGACCAUUACCUGUAGGAUUGGAUAAACAUUCAAAUAAAAAAUCCAACAAGAAUUGGACACUAACAAAGCAAGAUAUAUUAAAUCUAAAUUAUGAAAUGACAGCAGAAGAAAAAAUAGAUAUAGAGAAGAAAAGAUUCAGGAUGAGUCUAUGGAGACAAAUUGUAUAUGACAGACUGAAUUGUGUUGCAUAUCUUAUAGGACGAGCACCAGCUGCAUAUGCGGCCACUGUAAGAGUACUUAUUGAGAUUAAAAGAAGGGAUAGAAUUUUUCGUCCAAAAUCCAUGUUAGAUUAUGGUUCUGGCACUGGAACUGCUGUCUGGGCAGCCAACUCUGUGUUCGGUAAAGAUAUUGAAGAUUUCAUGUGCGUUGACUGGUCUCAAUGUAUGAACCAAACUUCACAGUUUCUACUCUCUGGUGGUGGAGAUGAUGCUGAACUAUCAGGCAUUUAUAUCAGACCAAUGUUGCCUCUAUCGUAUAAGCAUACCUAUGACAUAGUAGUAGCCGCAUACACAUUGAGUGAAUUACCUUCAGAAAAAGAAAGACUGACAACUUUAAAAAUCCUGUGGGAGAAGACCAACAAGUAUUUGGUAAUCAUUGAACAAGGUAAUAGGCCGGGAUAUCAUAUGAUUAUGGAGGCAAGAAACUUAAUAGCUCAUGGUAUAGAAGGCGCCGAUUUGAGUAAAAAACGAAGAUCAAACAGUAAAAUUAACAAAGGACACAUUUUUGCUCCGUGUCCACACAGCAAACCAUGUCCUAAGUUUCAAGGCAAUCCAUGCAAUUUCACACAAUCAUAUAUUCCGCCACUGUAUGCAAAGAAAUUCCACGGUAAAGAAGGUGCAGUUCAAGAAACAUUCACCUACAUAGUUUUAUCGAAAAAGAAACCACAGAAUCCAGAAUGGCCGAGGGUUAUAACUAAUCCUCAAGGUAGUUUGAAGAAGAUGUGGUGCCAUCUUUGUACUCAUGAAGGCCAAAUCGAACAUUUAUAUUUGAAAAAGGAUAAAUAUGGCAGUGACAUCAGACGAAUCGUGAAAAAUUCAGUUGCAGGAGACAGAUUGCCCUACCAAAAACCAAACAAAUAUAAUCAUAAUUCCAUAGAAGAUGAAGGUGAAUGAAGAAGACAUCAUGACCAAAUUCUGUAGAAUCCAAGA